UUGUCUUGUCAGGAUGCCAGGAAAACAGCAGGAGACACCACAUUGACUCAAGUAACAGCAAAUAUGGAGCCAGUAGGCCGAAUCCAAAUGAGAACACGUCGCACACUUAGAGGACACCUUGCCAAGAUUUAUGCCAUGCACUGGGGGUCAGAUUCCAGGAAUUUGGUGAGUGCGUCACAGGAUGGUAAAUUAAUUGUGUGGGAUUCAUAUACAACUAAUAAGGUUCAUGCCAUUCCAUUAAGAUCAAGUUGGGUAAUGACGUGUGCCUAUGCCCCUUCUGGUAGUUACGUGGCCUGCGGUGGCCUGGAUAAUAUUUGUUCAAUCUACAGUUUAAAGACGAGGGAAGGAAACGUCAGAGUUAGCAGGGAAUUACCAGGUCACACUGGCUAUUUAUCAUGCUGUCGUUUUAUUGAUGAUAACCAAAUUGUAACUAGUUCCGGUGAUAUGUCAUGUGCCCUCUGGGAUAUAGAAACAGGCCAACAGACAACAUCGUUCACAGGACACACUGGAGAUGUUAUGAGCUUGUCAGUUUCACCCGAUAAUAAGACAUUUGUUUCUGGAGCAUGUGAUGCUUCAGCAAAACUUUGGGACAUACGGGAUGGUAUGUGCCGACAAACGUUCACCGGUCAUGAAUCAGAUAUAAAUGCUGUAACAUUCUUUCCUAAUGGCCAUGCAUUUGCCACUGGAUCGGACGACGCAACAUGCAGACUCUUUGAUAUUCGUGCUGACCAAGAACUUAUGCUGUAUUCUCAUGAUAAUAUCAUUUGUGGUAUCACUUCAGUUGCCUUUUCAAAGAGCGGUCGUCUGUUAUUGGCUGGUUAUGAUGAUUUUAAUUGCAAUGUAUGGGACACAUUGAAAGGAGAGCGUGCAGGAGUGCUAGCAGGUCAUGAUAAUCGUGUUAGCUGUCUUGGAGUCACUGAAGAUGGUAUGGCUGUAGCAACUGGAUCUUGGGACAGUUUCCUCAAAGUCUGGAAUUAAGAAUUUAUAUUUAUUAUCAUUAAUUGUCUUAAAAAGUGUAUUAUUACUAAUUUUGAAAAAAAAAGGAAGAAUGUAAAACCACUUAAAAUUGUAGUGAAGCUCUCAAACAUUAUCGGUAAUAAUAGACACAAUGAAGUCCCACGUGUAGGUGUCGAUGCAGUUAUUUCUUAUGAAUAUGCGCAAAUUUUUAUCAGCAGCAGCAUUUUAAUAUGUUAAGUGUGAAAGUCGGUCCACUAUCAGGGCGUGCUAUACGAUAAGUACUGUCCUGUAUUGCCUCGUCAACUGCAGCAAGUCCCAGAGUCAAUUGUACAGACCCAGCAAUAUUGCAUUCUUUAACACAACUUACAACAGUUCUAAAGGUAUAUAUAAAAACGAAAAUAACACACAAAAAAAGGUGCUUUCUUUUAACAACUGGGAAAUUCUUGCUCACUGCCAUUAAACUAUGGGACGUACGUGUACGUAACAAAAGCUUUCUGGAUUUGAUCUGUUCAAAUCCGAACGUUGAAAGGGAUGAUAAUCAAUUGUUUGAGAGGCGAUGCAGGGUGGUGGUUAUCUUACCAAUCUGUUUGGGACCAACUAAACUCCUCUUGUUGUCUGGGAAAAACUCUGUAACCGUCCACUCCUUGGAGGAUGUCCAAUGUGUUGAUUUUCCUUUGUCUGAACGAGAACCUAGUUUACGCCAGCAGUAUAUCUAACAGAAAUAUCUUUUUUUAACACGCUGUGUUGAUUAGAAGUGUAAUUACUGUCACCUUAUAUGCAAAGCCAAAACUAGGAUACAGCUCAGUCCUGGGCAAAGAAAGAAACUGAUGUUUCUUGCAGAGGUUUUCAGUUUUUAAAAAUUUAGUACUUGUAUAUCUAAGGACUUCUUUGCUCUUGGUUGUUGUGUAUUGGUAACUAUCAUGUAUGGUCAUCACUCAGAUGUAGAAAUUAGUUUCUGUGUAUCACUAAUCAAAACUGCCAAGGAUUUAAACCAAGUAGUGUAUCAUGUUUUUAAUAUUUUAAUGAGUACUUUCUUGAGGCAGUUAAUAUUGAUUAACAUAUUGACUUAAAGUGUGUGUGUGUGUGUGUGCGUGCGUGCGUGCGUGUAUGGGUGUGUGUGUUGUGGACAUGUUCCAAGGAACUGACAUUUCAGCAGCCCAUUUUCUCCUUACAACGCGUGUAAUUUCAUUUGCAUUUCCUGGCUAGAGAUGCUCCUCGUUACCUUAGAGGAGUUGUUAUGCAGGUUUGAUAGUAAAAUAUAUUGGUGGGGCUUGUCUUGUAUAAUAAAGAGUCACUUGCCUCUGCUUGAAACCAUGGGCAUUGUCUUCUCCUUUCGGUACACUAUGACAAUCUGGCUGAGAGGGGGAGUGGCUUUGCAUUCAUGCCAUCUGGAAGCAAACAAGUAAAUGUGUUCCAGUGGUUUGUCCCACUUCAAGGGGAUGUGGCAGAAGACAGAGCACUGGAUUGGCUAGCUUAUAAAUUAGGAACAAUUUUAUUAUCACAAUCAGUGCAGAUGUCACUGUAUUCAGGUUUGCAGUUGUUUAUUACUGCAGAUGUGUGGCACAACUCAAUGAAAAUUGUAUGUAAAAAGCACCAAAGAACAAAGUCUAAGAAUUGACUGACUCUCUCCCUUCCCCCUUGUUCAGUGUUUUCCUACAAAACCAAAAUGUCUUUAUCUCAUUAUCAAAUGUAUAGUCGGUCACAUUGACAUAAUUUGCUCUAUUUAUUGGCUUUUUGUCAUGUAUUUUACAAAAAGAAAAACUGAAAUUUGUUUUUCCUGUUGCUAAAACAUCUGCCUCCACCUCGUUUUAACCCCUGAUUUGUUGGCAAAUUUUUUUUUUAUUCAAUGUAGGAUAUUGAGCAAAGACAGAAAAAACGAAAAAAAAAAAGAAAAAAAAAAGGAUAGGACAGAGUUUCAAAAGAUCUGAUCACAACCCUUUUGUUCCUUAUCCAGUUUUAAAGUAUGCUUUUUUGGAACUCUGUCUACUGAGCAUUUUUGAGAUUACAUUUCGUAUAAUAUAUUUAUCCAUUAGGGAUAUGGCAGAUUCCACUACUUUGUAUUCAGUAAGACUAGAUAGAUAGCAGGCAUGUAGAGUAAAAAAAACCAAGAAUUUAGGCAGGCUUUUUUCCUGUGUUCCUUCGUAUUUAAAACAAGACCGUUUAUCAUGCACACUUUUUUCUGGUAGUAGUGUCCAGAGAUGACUGUAUUUGUAAUUCUGUGUGUAGCGUACUUUUUUUUUUUUGUACAUUGAUUGAUCUUUGACGCGAGAGACAGAAGAAAAAAAAAAUAUUGAAUCCUGUAUGUCAGAUAUAUGUGAAGUGUAGUUGUUGGCUUGGCACAUUGUUGCACCACAAACCUGCCACCCCUUUUAUACUAAAGAUACUUAAAUGAACUUGGAACUCAAAUAACCAGAUUUUCUUAUUUCUGGGAAGGGGUGGAAGUGCAAAAGUGUGCCCAAGCAUUUCUAGUUAACGGGUGCAUGUCAUUUUACAUAAAAAAAAAGUGAUGUUUUACUUUUAUUUUUUUUUUGGUAAUACACCUACACUGUAAAAUGAAGUACAACUAGGCUUUUUUUUAGGUCUGUUUCACAAAAAUUGUAAAAAACUAAAAAACUCCCUUUUAUUUUGGGUUUCAACCCUGAGCCCCCUCCCAUCUGGUUGUGGGUAUUACGGCACAUCACUAAUCAGGGCAAUGUAACUUUUAAAGAGAAUGUCGCCAUGAUGCAACGAGUUUCAUUUGCUUGAUGAGCCAUCAUUGCCUUGUACUGUGCAGACGUCAUCCUUUGUUGUCAAUGUGUGUAUGUAAAAUUAACUUAAACCUGUCAAUAAAGCAUAUUUGUCUUCUGUUAAACAAA